AUGUGUGCUGAGGUGAAUCGCCUCACUGAUUAUCUUUCAGCUAAGACUCAAGAAUCUUGUUCAACUUACAACAUGCUCAAGAUUGCUCGGAACCUGUUCCAAUGGACCAAGGAAUUGGCAUAUGCUGAUUACUAUGAGCACGCUUUGAUAAAUGGUGUUUUAAGCAUCCAAAAAGGGAGAGAACCUGGGCCCAUGAUUUAUAUGCUGCCCCUAGGUACAGGGGUUUCCAGGGAAAUAGUGAUGCCACAUUCUGGUGCUGCUAUGGAACAGGUUGCAUUACUUCUUCCUAGAUUUGGUUCCACUGUUUCUAUAGCUGAAUUCAGAAGUAUCGAAUCAUUUUCAAAGCUAGGGAACUCAAUUUACUUCGAGGAAGAUGGUGACCACCCCACACUAUACAUCGUUCAGUUUAUAUCAAGUUCUUUUAGCUGGAGUUCAGGAAGGCUUACAUUGACUAAAAAAGUUCAGCAUGUUGUUCCUUCUGAUCCGAAUCUGUGUGUUUCUUAUAAAUUCUCAAGAAUGGAGGGGCCUGGCAUACAAUCAACAUUGAAUAUACGGAUACCAAUUUGGAUAGAUGCAAAUAGAACAACAGCUACACUCAAUAAUCAGAAGUUGAUUGUCCCGACCCCAGGUAACUUCAAAACAGUCACUAAAAAAUGGCGCUCAGAAGAUGAGCUAUUGUUGGAUUUCCCCAUGAAACUGAGGACUGAAACCAUUAAGGAUGACCGCCCCGAGUUUGCUUCCCUAAAAGCAGUUCUCUUGGGCCCUUACCUUCUCGUCGGUCUUAGCCAUGGAGACUCUGAGUUAUACUUGGGUGCUGAAGAAUCUCUUUCUGACUCAAUAACACUAAUCCCGGACACUUAUAACUCUACCUUAAUAACUCUUACUAGAGAUUUUCAACAACUUUUCACUACGGGCAACACUUUAGCAAUGACACGAGUAGGUUUCUACAUUGUGAGUGAGCCAGAUGCCACUUUUAGAUGGAUCUCAAAAGGCAAAGGAGAUGCUAAUGAUACAAGCAUUCUUGGAAAGACAGUGUCACUAGAGCCAUUUUGUUUUCCGGGAAAGGUUGUGAUGCCCCAGGGGCUGGAUAAAGAGCUGUUAGUAGGCUUCAAAAAUUCAUCUGAUUCAGGCAAUGUGUCCAAUUUCCCGGUUGUUGCUGGGUUGGAUGGGACAAAAUUCUUUUGA